AUGGAUAUAGAAAAAACAUCUAGUAAAUUCGGAAGCAAAAAAGGAAGAAAAUUAGUUACUCUUACCAAUGUUCAAAAAAAAGAAUUAUGUGAAUAUAAAAUCAACAAUCCAACAAAAACAUAUGAAGAGAUUGGCAAAAAAUUUGGUAUUGGUAAGUCAACUGUAGGAGAUGUUCUUGGAGAAAAAGAGAAAUGGCUUGCAAUUACUGAAAGUUCAAUUGAUGCCAAUAAAAAACGCAGUCGUGGAGGUGAUUGGCCACAGUUAGAAGAAGCAUUGGCAAUUUGGGUGAAUCUUGCCAAUGAGGCUAACCAUACAAUAACUGGUGCAAUCUUGAGUCAAAAGGCAACACAGUUUGCUCAAAGGCUAAAUAUUUCCGAUUUUAAAUCAUCACAAGAAAGUGAGGCAGCUAGUGCACCAAUUAAUGAAUUGCCUACAUUCAGAAGUGAGUUACAAUCUGUAAUUUCACAGUAUGAUUUAGAAGAU